UUAGUACUUACUACUUAGUGGUUAGUGACUUAGUAUAUUUUGGCACUUGUCACAUCAAUUCCAGAUUACAUAUCUGCUUUGUACUUAUAUAAGAACUGCAUAGGUCAUGAGGAAGAAGAAGACACCACCGAUAAGUAAUUUUUUCAAGCCAAUUGCUUCAAACUCUACAGUUGAAAAUGCAAAUGCAACCGUGGAGGUCGAUGUCACAGAGCAACCCACUGAUAACAGUGUCCCCAAUCUCAGUUCAGUUGAUAUGCCACCCCCCAAGCAAAAUAUUGAGGCAUCUGUAGAAGUAGAAGUUCUAGAACAACAAAGAAUCGGAAGCACACCAUUCGAGCGAGACCCUGGAAAGCGCAAACAGAUUUGGGAACUCCCUCUUGAUAAGCAAAAUGAAGCACGCCAAUUCUAUAUUUCUGAAGGCCGAUACAUGCCAUACAUGAGAGAGUAUCCAUAUAAUGAUGAUCCACCAAAACAUCGUCGGCGUUUUCAGUACAGUUGGUUCAAGGAUUUUGAAUGGCUUGAGUUUUCACCUUACACAAAGCGUGCAUAUUGCUUCCAUUGUUUCCUCUUCUCAAGAAAGCCUAUUGGAAGUGCGGCUCAGAAACAUUUACUGUUUUGGGCUUUGAUAGGUGGAAGAAGGUGAAUAAUGGGAAAGAGUGUGCUUUUUUAACUCAUAUGGGUAAAGAUGCUGGUUCAGCCCAUAACUUCUCAGUUCGUUGUUAUGAUAAUUUCAAAAACAGCAUGACUCAUAUUGAUAAGGUGUACGGGAAAGCAACCGCAAAAACGAUUUUAGAUGCAAGGCUAAGGCUCAAAGUUACAAUUGAUUCCAUCCGGUGGUUAACAUUCCAGGCUUGUGCUUUUAGAGGGCAUGAUGAAUCUCCGGGAUCCAUUAACCGGGGUAAUUUCCUAGAACUGAUAAAACUUUUGGCUUCUUAUAACAAGGAGGUGAAAGAUGUUGCUUGGAAAAUGCUCCUGGAAACGCAAAGUACACAUCUCAUCAGGUUCAAGAGGAAAUUCUUGCUAUACUUUCUCGAAAGGUGCAAAGAACAAUUAGAGAAGAAAUUGGUGAUAGCAAAUUUUGUAUAAUGGUUGACGAAGCUCGCGAUGAAUCCAAGAAAGAGCAAAUGGCGUUGGUCCUCCGGUUUCCUGACACUGAAGGGUUCAUACAGGAGCGUUUUGUUGAUGUCAUUCAUGUGAAUGACACUCUUGCAUUGACUCUCAAGGAGACAAUUUGCACUGUUCUAGCAGAUAACAAUUUAAAUAUGGAAGAUAUCAGAGGUCAGGCCUAUGACGGGGCCAGUAAUGUGCGAGGGGAGUGGAACGGAUUGAAGGCUUUAAUUCUGAAGGCGUGCCCUUAUGCAUAUUACAUUCAUUGUAUGGCGCAUCAGCUUCAAUUGGCCCUUGUUGCAGCAUCACGAGAGGUACAUGAAGUGCAUAAUUUUUUUUCAAUAUGCCAAUUUUGUCAUAAAUGUUGUUAGUGCUUCACCUAAACGCAAUGAUGAGUUACUAGCAAAUCAAGCCACCGAAAUUGCACGUGAAAUUGAACUGGGGGAUCUUGAUACGGGAAAAGGGGCAAACCAGAUAGGUUCUUUACAGAGACCAGCAGACACUAGAUGGAGUUCGCACUUCAAGUCAAUUCGGAGCUUGAGGAAGAUGUUUGGUGCCACAAUUACAGUCCUACGAAGUAUAGCGAAUGAUCGUCCGGUGACACAAUAUUCCCGUGGAGAUGCUGGAGGCGCCCUAAGGAUAAUUGUUUCUUUUGAUUUUGUGUUCAUUUUGCACCUCAUGGAGAGGAUUAUGAAAAUCACAGAUGUCUUGUGCCAAACACUCCAGAAGAAAUCUAUGGACAUUUUGAAUGCAUUAGAUACACUCUCUAACACUAAGGUGCUCCUCGCUGAUCUAAGAGAGGAAGGAUGGGAACCUCUCAUAGAGGAGGUUAAGACCUUUUGUGUGAAGCAUGAAGUUGAGAUCCCCGAUAUGAGUCGCAAGUAUGUUGAUGUGACUAAGUCUCGGAAUAAACAUAAUAACAUCACGGUGCUUCACCACUACAAAGCAGAUGUGUUCAAUGUGGCGAUAGAUCAACAACUGGUUGAGCUAAAUGACCGUUUUAGCGUUCAGACAACAGAGCUAAUGACACUCUGUGCAUCCUUGGAUCCAAGGCAUGACUCGUUUGACAUAUCAAAGAUUUGCAUGCUUGUGGACAAAUUCUAUCCAGCGGAUUUUUCUAGUCAAGAGCAGGCUCGUCUGGAGUCACAACUUCCACACUAUCAGUUAGAUGUUUGCAACCAUCCAAAGCUGAAUUCUUCGUCAUCACUGGCUGAUUUGACCGUUGCAUUGCAUAAAACAGGUAAAGCCUCUGUGUAUCCAAUGGUUGAUAGAUUAUUGCGCUUGGUCAUCACUCUCCCGGUGUCAACUGCAACUGCGGAGAAAGCUUUUUCAGCAAUGAAGAUUAUCAAGACACGUCUCCGAAGUAAAAUGGGUGACGAUUUUCUUCGACCUUACAUGGUUGUAUACAUUGGAAAGGAAAUAGCUGCAAAGUUCAAUGUUAAUGAGAUUAUUGAUUUGUUUGAUCGACCGGCUCGGGGGCGUAGAUCUGCAUUCAAACUAGUAGAAAUGUAG